AUGAUAAUCGGUAUUCGUACCUCAACGACUUUCUUUGCCUUCAUUCUCCUCUUCAUUGCAAUUCCCCUCACUUUUGCUGAAAAACAAAAUCGCGCAAAACGCUUUGCUGCAUUUGGUUCUUUGGCUACUAUUGGGGGAAAAGUUGGAUGUGUUGUUUCGCAAAACAAAUUAUUUAUUAACGGACAUUUUGUAAAAGAUUUGGAUGUUGAUGAACAGAGUGAAUUAAAGGAUUAUCAACCAAGUUUCUGUUCAGACAAAGCAACAACCCAAUAUAUUUUUGAUGGAUGCUCAGUACAAGGAGACAAUAUUUAUAUUGGUGAUACUUUUGUACGUAAAUUAACUGCUGAUGAACAACGCGAAUUGGAACAAUUUGACGCUAAAUUUAGUACAUACCAAAAGGCUGCCACAGCUGAUUUCCGUAAAGUAAGGAAGGAAAGAAAAGAGAGAAAAGAUUGUUUUUUAAAUUAA